AUGAUCUCGUCCACCUUUGCCCCUACCUUGACUCGCAGAGAUACCGGUAAAUCGAGUAUAGGCCAUGAGACUACAGUCGGAUCUCUCCCUCCACCGCUAACUAGUGGAGGUGGAUCAUUCGGGCCCCAGAGUGCCGCGGCAAUCUACCAACAUAUUCACGAUAUGGCUACGAAGCGAAUAUCUACGUUAGAUUACCUAAGAAAGGCGCACGAAGGCCGCAUUUAUUGGUUUAACACUGUGCACUUCUCUCGAGCUGACAUCGGCCGAAUUCCUUACUUCGAAGCCCGAAAGCUCUCCCGCCGCGCGAUCAAUUAUCUUCUACUGGGUUUAUCGCUUCCACCAAUCUUAGACGUCAGCUCAACCCCUGUAGAAUAUCUUCGGGCUCUUAAUGCUCUUUUGAUUGAAUUUGAAGCGUACCAGCAAGUGCACCCACCUGAUGGAAGCUCGUCGUCAACACUAGCCAGAGCACGGAUACCGCAAAUGUUAAAAAGGGCAGCACAUGCAGGAACGAAGACGAGAAGGGCUAGUUCUGCUACGGAAAUCGGUUUACCCAUGCAAUCAAGCGACCCUUCCGAGCUGAAGGCCAUGACAGGAAAUAUUGCCUCCUCUGCUUCAGCAGCUGCCGCAGCCAUCUCUUUCCCUCACACUGAAGCGUCAGAGCUUCUCCCUGGUGAGGAGUAUUCUUAUCUCCUCACCCCAUCCUUACCAUUUGAACCAGAUUAUUUCGAAACGUUCGUAACUUUGUGCGAUGUGUUAAUAGACUGCUAUACUCGACUUACAUCUUUGGUUUCGACCCCCUCGGCUUGCACCGUUGCACUGGGUGAAAUGUUUUCCAAGGCCGAUGCUAAGCUUCGGAAAAUCAUGGUAGCAGGAGUUGUACGUGAGUUUGAGGACGCAAGCAGAAUGAACGCUAAAAAUGAAGUGUCUGGGGUCAGCCGUGUUGUCCUCGGGGGUCUGCUAGGCUAA